AUGAUAUCCAAAUCAGCAAGUAUCGCACUUUGCGAUAUCAACGAUCCUUCUUACCUGUAUCCCGGAAGCGUGUUUGCAACCAUUGCCAAAACUGAGUCUGAUGAUAUUUUUUCCCCAUUUAACACUUCAAGGGGUUCUCCUCAGUCACAAUCAGAUAGAUCAAGCACUGACAAACUAUCUGGACAACAAGCAUCUAACGAAACCUGAGAUACACCUCGUUUUGAUGAUUUCAGCAACUACCUAAGAACAACUGUAAAUGGUGAAGAGGCUGAAGGUACUUUUGGAGUCAAUCCUAAAUCUGAUCCAACAAUCCCUACUCAGAAAAUAUCUAUCAAGGGCAUGACUAAUUCGAACAGAAGAGAUGUCGCUUAUAAAUCAGCUAUCAGACUUCUCAGGAAGUUUUAUAGAGAUCUCUUUAAAACUCAAAACCCUGACGUCGUCCAGAAAACUUACCUCAAAUGCACUCUCCAAGAGGUUUAUGAGAAGGUUCAUGUCAUGUUGACUGCAUUGAUCCCUCAAGAGAACCUUACCAACGACCUUGUUUAUUACACCAUUGGGAUGGUAGGGAUCAAGAAAGCGUCUGAAUUGCCAUGUAGUUGGGCCAUCAAAACCCAGAUUACUGCCUUCCAAAGAUGCACAAGACAGUUCUCCAGAGUCAGAUUUGACAAUGCUCUUGAGUCAGAGAGCCUGAGAACUCUAGCCGGAUGUCUGGUCCAGAAGCUGGAUGACCCUAGAGUUAAUAUCUUCAUUGAAGAGCUGAGUUAAGCACCGACUUGGUACAUUAAGAGGCAAGUAUGAGUUCCGUUCCACCCUCUGGAGUGUUCUACCAUAGAAGGAUAUUUCUCUUCUGUAGACAUC